UCUCAUCCAAUUGUCAAAGUCGUCCUCAUAAUCUCAAUACCUUUGACGUUCUUAAUAUCCAAGCGUCUCGGAAUCUGAAACCCACGAGGAGAGCCUUACCAGGUCAUGCUAGACCUACGGCAAUUUUACAGAAAAGAUGCACAGCGAUAACGAGACUCCGAUAAGGCGGAGAAGAACGGGGUGUCUGACUUGCCGACGCAGGAAGAAGAGGUGCGAUGAAGGCAAGCCAGAAUGUAGAACUUGUGUGAGACUUGGCUAUGUCUGCGAAGGCUACCCAAAGCCCGUACGUUAUGAAGCACGGUCCACAACUGCAACACCUGCACCUCCGGCGCGGACGCCGGCAGUAUCGCAGAGCCAGCGGCCGACCAUCGAGCUCCAAGGGGAUAUUUCAUGGGCAGACGAGACAAUCGUUCCAUAUCGAACAAACAUUGAAAACCAGGGCGCUCCCACGGACACGUGGUUAGGUCUGGACGACGUUCCGACGGCUGAUUACUUUCAACUCGAUUGGGAUGCAUUGAACUCCAGUCUCACCGAAGCCGAGAUGGAGCAUAUGCUUUCGACUCCAAAAUCUGACGGCCUGCCUCGUGCAGCCGCUGUGCCAGAGGAGCAAUACCAGAUGCACAAAGCUCAACCACCCAGCUCAAUUCCACAGAGCCUGCCAAACCUGAUUGACGGUCUAGAGUCGCCUAUACGACGACAAUUGUUUACACAUUUUACCAAAGUCACAUCAUUGGUACUGACCACCUCGAGUGGCGAAGAGAACCCCUUUCUGACCACAGUGGUCCCACGAAGUCUUCACGACUCCAUGAUUCGGGAGGCAAUUCUCUGCGUGGCAGCCUCGCACCUUACCAACCUGACUGGAAAGGUCGACCUUGUGGUAACAUCCGAAAAGAAAACGACCUUGGAAACUGCUGAGACAGAACAAGUGGCACGCCUUGCCGCUCUGAAAAAGCCAGUUGCACUGCAGAAAGAGUCGGAUCGAGAGGCUAUUCUUAUAAGUGCACUCUUACUGUGUCUUUACGAGAUUUCCGAAGGUACAGGGGAUGUAUGCUGGCGGAUCAGGCUUGAUACUGCUCGAUCUUUGGUUCAGUCCACCGAUUCCAGGAAUACAAGCAAUCCUUCCAUCAGCCAGUUUUCACUGGAGUACUACAUGUACCAUGAUGUGCUGGCCCGAGCAACAGACCCAUUUCAACAGACCAUCUUCGAACCAUCCUCCGACACAAUUAGCCCGUCGAUGCACACAUCUAAUUCUCACAUGAUUGGUGUCUACGACGGUCUCCUUCGGAUGGUCGCCAAAGUCUCGGCACUGCAGAACAAAGUCACCGAGGUUGGACGGAUCGACGGGAUGCUUAUCUGCGAGGCCAUGGACUUGUGGACCGAAUUGGAACGAUGGCAGCCGAAGAUCUCAUCCACCGAAGACCCGAGGCAAUUACGUCUGGUAUGCUCGGCUUACGUCUCUGCGCUAUCUGUAUGGCUCUACGCGAUUGUGCAUCCAGCCAGCCUGACCGAUGCGAAGGUUCAAGGAGUAGUGCGAGACGGCUUAACCUACCUACAGCAAAUCAGCUACACAAGUAGCAUGGCGGUACUCUUGUUCCCGACUUUCGUGCUAGGUUUUGCCUGCGUCAAGAGAGAGGAACGCGACGAGAUAUUGUCGCAUUUUCAGACGCUCAUCAAAUUCAGUGCCAUGGGCAAUGUUCGUCUAGCUCGUGAUGUCCUGCAGCGCUGGUGGUCUGAUUACGACAGUGGGAAGACCGAGCAAUGGAACUGGAAACAACAGAUGGACUUAUAUGGCAUCAGUCUGCCUUUGACUUGAUUCAACUUUUCCACGGGCAUUCCCAUGUGUCACCAAUCCGCAGAUCCAGAGUGGAUGUUGUCGGCAUCGGAGCCUUGGGCAACUCUCCUUUGUCACUGCAUUCAAGCUUG